AUGUCUUCUCUCCCGACGUCAAUGCGAGCUGCAGUGGUUGUGGCAAAACAGCGCUCCAAGGGCAGCUUCAAGUUCGAGAUCACCAAUGUACAACGGCCGGAGCCGGGUCCGACGGAUGUGCUCGUCCGCCUCUCCGUCAGCGGUGUCUGCGGCACAGAUAUGGGUCUGGCGACCGGCGAGCUGGGCCCCACGCGAGACAUCCUGGGCCACGAGGGCGUCGGCUACGUCGUGCAGCUGGGAAGCACCGUGCUGCCGGCGCAGGUCAAGGUCGGCGACAGGAUCGGCAUCGCCUGGCUCCGCGACGUCUGCGACGUAUGCGAGUUCUGCCUCCACGCGGGCGGCGAGACGCGAUGCAAGGAGCAGCUCAACUCGGGCCGCAAGAGGGAUGGCACCUUCGCCGAGUACGCCCUUGUGCCGAGCCGCUACCUGUUGCGCAUCCCCGCCCACAUCACCGUGCCCGACGAGGUGAUCGCCCCGAUCCUGUGCGGCGGCGUCACUGCCUACGCCGCGAUCAAGAAUGCCGGCGUUGUUGGCGGAAAGUGGGUUGCUGUCUCAGGGGCUGGCGGCGGCGUGGGCGCGCUGGCGGUUCAGUACGCCAAGGCCAUGGGCUAUCGCGUCCUGGGGAUCGAUGUGGGCGAUGCAAAGCGGGAUAUGUGCCUCUCGUGCGGGGCAGAUUGCUUUGUCGAUGCGGCCCAGAGCCAGGAUUUACGGCGGGACGUUAAAGCUGCCAUGGGACAGACGGGUGCUGACCUGGUGCUCGUCUGUGCAGCUUCAGGCGGCGCAUAUAAUGCAGCGCUGGGCAUUGUCGCGGCCUUUGGCACCCUGGUUAGUGUUGGAAUACCGCCCCCUGACCAACUGGUUUCUUUCCAUCCACUGCUUCUUAUCGACAUGGGCAUCAAAAUUGUGGGAUCUGCGGUCGGAACAAAGGAGGACAUCCUGGAAGCCAUUGGGUUUGUUCAGAGGGGUCUAGUCAAGCCCGUUGUGAAUAUUCAACGCCUAGAAGACCUGCCUGGGCUGGCCUCACGGUUUGGAGAGGUGAGUUGA